AUGGCAUUGUCCCAUACAGAAGCUGGCCUCGUGAAUGUGCUUUCAUCAAGUAGCAGUCUGUUUACUUUAAUGCUUGCUGCUUGCCUACCGUCGGGUUCGAGUGAUAGGUUUACACUCACGAAGUUCAUCGCAGUUGUUUUCAGUAUAGCUGGAGUUGUUCUAGUUGGCCUGUCGGAUUUAAAGGUAGAAAAGUCUAUUCCUGUGGGUGCAGGAUGGGCUUUAGCUGGCUCCAUGUGCUAUGCCGCCUACCUGGUGCUAUUAAAACGUCGUGUUGACCACGAAGAUAAAAUGAGCAUUCCAAUGUUUUUCGGCUUCGUUGGACUUAUAAACACUAUCGUGAUGUGGCCAUCCUUCUUCAUCCUCCAUGCUACCAAACUGGAAAUAUUUGUAUGGCCAACACAGCAGCAGUGGUUGUACAUUGCGUUGAACGGACUUAUUGGCACCGUUCUCUCGGAGUUUCUAUGGCUAUGGGGCUGCUUUCUGACGUCAUCGCUAAUUGCCACAUUGGCCAUGAGUCUGACUAUCCCUCUGUCGAUGCUGGCUGAUGUGGCGGUCAAACACAUUUCCUAUCCAUUCUUGUUCUACAUCGGUUCCAUUCCGAUGUUUCUCACCUUCUUUGCUGUCACGCUUUUGUCUCACUGGGAAGAGUGGGACCCCGUUGCUCAGCUACUCAACCGCAUCAUUGAUUCUUGCCGUUCACGCAAUAGAAACCGGUUUAUGAACGAUACUGACGACGGAGAACAGCGCGAAUCCCUAAUAGAACAACCCGAAUUGUCUUCAGAAUAGUGACAUUCCACGCUUCUUCCGCUUGACCCGUUAUCAAGCAACCUAGUCAAUUCUCGCCAUCCAUUUGUUAUGCUCACGCAUUUGAAUCGUUUGUCCCAAUGACUUACCUUCUAUAAGAGAUAUAUAGAUAUUCUCGACUGACACGUUCCCUUCGGGCGUCAUUGUUCGGUUGCUUCAGAGAAAAAUACUGGACAAGUAUCCCGAUGAUACAUUGUGACUAACUACUUUGUUUCAUAUAUUAUAGCAUGUUCUGUGUUUGGCACAUGAAGAAAUCACAGUCCUAUAAGCGAUCUUCAAAGAAUUGCAUUUGUUCAUUCUUGUCCGUUAGAAAAUAUUUUCCCACUUCCACAAGGAAAAAAAUCUAGCACGGAGGUUUUGGCGCGACAACUUAAAUAUAUAACCUAAAUUGACAUAAUAA